CCGCAUCCAUUUGUCACCGUGACCUUUGCAGACCUCGUGGCCACAGCAGCAGCAGCAGCAGCAGCAACAACAACAACAACAACUGCAGCAGAAGCAGCGGCUUUAAAAUCUCUAUGAUCUGUGUACCAAAUCAUCAUCCCAAAAGUGUCUUCAUAAGCACGUGCGACUUUUCUUUUCCUCUUUUUUAUUUUUCUGUUCUUCUUUCUCAAAACGUUUCACGAACAAACAUACCCGAAAAAAAAAAAAAAGAGGUUUUUUUUUUACAACGAACCAAGAAAACUCGUUCAUUUUCUUAAGAAAAAAAGAAAAUCUCCCAUGGGAUGCUGUGUCUCUCGAGCCGCCGACGACGAUGAAAAUCCACGUUCUACUGUCGCUGGAGGCAAGCCGUUUAAACGCACCGGUCUCAGCUGGACAGCAGAUACGCCUCUCACACAAGCACAACUGGAAAACCAACGCACGAUAUUUUGGGAUACAGCACCGAGCUAUGAGGGUCGUCCGGAAAUUUGGCAAGCACUUCAUGCAGCAAUGACAUCGCCUGACAUUCGAAUGGCGCAAUCCAUCUUGAACGCUGCAAAUAUCAUUAUUCCUACCGGCAACCCUUCUGAAGGAUGCUAUGAUGGUAAGAGACAUAGAAUAUACCGUGCAAAGAGCGAAAUAGAUCACGAUACUGGGAAGGAGGGGGAGAGAAACAAAAUAAAGGGGUAUAAAUACUCUACUAAGGAUGAUACAAUGCAUGUGCGGUUUACAGAACUCGGUAAUCGCUAUGUGAUACCAAUGUAUUGUCUUGUGGAUCCAGUCAAUCUGAUUGUUCCAGAGGAUGAAGAGGAUCAACAGCAGCGCCACGACGACGACACUACAGGCAUGAUUGCAUCGACAUCUGUGCCGGCACAGAUCAAAGACGAAGAAGAUAAUAACCUCAGUAAUAACGAUAACAAUGAUAACCAACACCACCACGCAACCAUGUCAGCCGAGGAAAAGAACCCAUCGAAUCUUUCAUCCGAUGUGCCAUUAGCUGCUGCUGCUGCUGCUGCUGCUGCUACAGGUACCUCCACGCUUAUUCCCAUCACCGUUCGAUUAUCGACUGCGCAAGACAUCAAAGUAGAUAUCAGCAAAACCGACGAAACCGUCGGAUCGCUACGUACCAGAAUCUACAUGCAGACACCCAGCAUAUCGCCACAGACACAUACAAUCCGUUUGAUCUAUCUCGGACGUAUUUUGCAGGAAGAGGAUAGGAUCGUAUGUGAAGGAGAACCUAUACCAGAACCUAAACCUGUGGUGAUUGCCAGCGGUGGCGUCAUACAAGCUUUGGUAUCGAAAAAACAAUAAUAUCUACAUCUCUUGCACUUGCUCUCUCUCUCUCUCUCUCUCUCUCUCCAACCCCUUCUUCCUCUCUGUGUCGUGUGUGUGUGAUAAUUACUCGCAUACACUACAAACAUGUCCUAUUAUUAUACUUUCUGUUUUAAUAGUACCAUCACAACUCUUUCAAGAUGUUCCCCUCAUUUGUCUGCUUGAUUUAAUUUAUCACUUAUUUCUUUUUGGUCUGCAUGAAUACCUUUGUUACUGCUGCUGUUGCUGCUGUUAAAGUAGAUCUAGUACGCAGUAGACCACAUUACAGACGUUAUAUCCUCUUUUAUUUAACUCGACAGUCAUUUAACUCGACAGUCAUUCAAGGUAACACAAAUGUUUAUUGACAAUCUUCAAAUGCAUAAAUGUCUGCAGUUGAACGCCAAAUAUUCGGAUCCAGGUCUUUUUAGCGGUAGCAAUCCCCUCGGUAUUAAUUAUCUCUCUAACAGUAUAGAAUAAAAAUCAU